AUGAAGGAUAUGGAAAUUGAGAAGUUCAGAGUAGUGCUUAUUGGUGAUGAUGGUUGUGGGCUAAGGUUCUUUUCUACUAAAAAGAUUAGUGUGAUUCUUGAUGAUGACAAUUUUCUCUUGUGGCGACAACAAGUCUUGCUUGCGAUCAAGACUUACAAACUUCAACAGUUCUUGGAUUCUUGUACUGUUCCACCUCCUGCAACACUUCCGGACGCUGAUGGGAUUCCCCAAGAAAAUCCAGAGUUCAGUCGUUUUGAGCAGCAGGAUAGUGCGCUGGCGUCUUGGCUCUUGUCUUCUAUAAGUACCACUGUCCUUCCACAUCUUAUUGGUAUGGGCACAAGCGCCCAAAUUUGGAAUGCAAUUGCUAGUCUUUAUGGCAGCAAGACCACCUCCCACCUAAUGUUCUUUCGCAGAGCUUUACACUCUCAACGAAAAGGUGAUCUUUCCAUGAAAGAUUUUUUAAUGAAGAUUAAGGGGUUUUGUGACAAUCUAGCUAACUGCGGUGAGGUCAUUAGCGAACGAGAACAUGUCACAGCAAUUCUCAAUGGAUUGCCACCCGAAUAUGACUCAGUUAUCACAAUUAUUACUGCCAGUCAUACACCUUAUACUGUUCAAGGGGUCAUGACAAUGUUGAUUGAUGCAGAAGCUCGACAUCAAACAAUGAUUCUGGAGUUUCCUUCCUUGGAAAAUGUGGUUACUCAUCAGACAACUGGUUCUGCUACCAACAAUGAUACACCUCCGGCAUAUCGUCCAUCAACAGGGUCUCGUGGUCGUGGUCGUGGCCGUGGUAGGUCAUCUGGCUCACGCAUACAAUGUCAGCUAUGUGGAAAAAUGGGGCACUUAGUUGAUCGGUGCUACCAUCGAUUUGACUUAUCUUAUAAGAAUACCGGUUAUAGACCUUCUUCCUCUCAGGUGGGAUCGUCUCCUCCACCUUAUAUGCAGCCUGGAUGGGUAAUUCCACCUACUUCACCAAUGUCAUGGAAUGCCAAUACCCCACAAACUAGUUACACUUCAACAGUGUCAACUUCUUCUCCACAAGCUUAUGUUGCUACUCCGGAGACUGUUUAUGAUAAUGCCUGGUUCCCCGACUCAAGCGCAACACACCAUCUUACUCAUUCAGCCACUGCUAUUGGUGAGAGUACUCCCUAUAAUGGCCCAGGUAAGAUUUAUGUUGGUAAUGGCAGUGCUCUGCCUGUACACUCCACUGGUCAGUCUUCUUUGCUCACUAGAACAUGUCCUUCGUAUAUGCGUUCUCUGUUGCAUGUUACUGGAAUAACGAAAAAUCUACUUUCAGUCUCACAAUUUACAAAGGAUAAUAAUGUGAUGUUCGAGUUCCUUCCCACACAGUGUCAAGUACGUGAUCUGCAUACCAAGGAAGUCCUUUUACGUGGCUCGGUGCAUCAUGGACUCUACAGACUUCAGCUGAAGGACAAUUUUCAGUCGCGUCACUGCUCAGCUCAUGGUCUUACAGCAAGUGGUUUUGUGCCUGUUAGUCUUUGGCACGCUCGACUUGGACAUCCUUGUACAAGUACUCUUACCAAGGCUUUAUCACAUUGUAAUGUACCUUUUGUUUCGAAUAAAGAUUAUUUUGAUUGUGUUGCAUGUCACCUUGGAAAAGAAAGAAAUCUACCAUUCUCUCAUUCUGCUUCUGAAUAUGUCACUCCUUUGAGCUUAGUGGUUGCUAAUGUUUGGGGUCCAGCACCGAUAUCUUUAAAUGGGUUUCGGUAUUAUGUGGCUUUCACUGAUGCAUGCACCAGAUAUACUUGGGUUUACUUCAUGAGACAAAAGUCUGAAGUUUCAACCAUAUUUCCAUAG